AUGGUGCAAGUGGAUCUGCUCGCAGCCAUAGCCAUCGGUGCUGUGGCGCUAUUUAUCUACCAUUAUAUAUCGAAAAAAUAUCAUUACUUCCUACCGAUGGCGAUACCGUGUUUGAAGCCAACGUUUCUGCUGGGAAGUUCUGGACCGAUGAUGUUUCGUAAAAGAAAUGUAACGGAACACACGCAAGCACUGUACAAUGCCUUUCCCGAGGCCAAAAUCGUCGGUUUGUACGAUCUACUGACGCCGAUGUUUUUGGCUCGCGAUCCGGAGGUCAUCAAACGUAUCUCGAUCAGAGACUUUGACCACUUCGUGGACCACACACCGUCGAUGAGCAAUGCCAGUCCGGACGAGGAAAUCGGCGGAGAAAACCUGUUCGGAAAUUCACUGUUUGCCCUGCGUGGACAGAAGUGGCGAGACAUGCGAUCGACGUUAAGUCCGGCGUUUACCGGCAGUAAAAUGCGGCACAUGUUCGGGCUGGUAGCCGAAUGCUGUCAGUCUACGAGCAAUUUUCUCCUAGCCGAGGCACAGGCGGGCAAAACCCUAGAGCUGGAGAUGAAAGACCUUUUUUCGAAAUUUUGCAACGACGUCAUUGCGAUCGUUGCGUUCGGCGUCAAAGUGGAUUCGAUGCGUGAUUCGGAAAAUGAAUUCUACCGAAAGGGAAAACAGAUGCUGAAUUUUCAAUCAAUUUGGCUGAUGGUUAAAGUGAUGCUUAUUAAAUUUCUCCCCAAGCUAGCGGAGAAAAUGGAGCUGGGUUUUAUUGAUCGCGAUGUGGAAAAUUAUUUCCGAAGGAUGAUCGUCGACAAUAUGAGACAACGAAAAACGCAUGGAAUUGUACAUAAUGAUAUGAUCCAGAUGCUUCUGGAGGUUCAAAACGGUACACUGCGACAUUCGAAGGAAGAACAAGACUCUGAGGACACUGGUUUUGCAACAGUUCAAGAAUCAAGUGUUGGACGAGCUGUACACUCAAGAGAAUGGACGGAGACGGAACUCAUUGCCCAGUGUUUCGCAUUUUUCUUUGCCGGAUUCGAUACAGUAUCAACAGGCGCGGCAUUCUUGACUUACGAAUUAACGAUCAACCCAGACAUACAGAACCGUCUCUACGAGGAAAUACUUCAGACGGAACAAAAGCUUGACGGAACGCCCCUAACGUAUGAAGCUCUUCAGAAGAUGCAGUAUAUGGAUAUGGUCGUGUCGGAAAUGCUUCGCAAAUGGCCGCCAGCCGUGGUUACCGAGCGGUACUGCAACAAGGACUAUCACUGCGACAACGGUGCCGGAGCUCGGUUUGUUAUAAAGAAGGGCCAAACCGUUCUGCUGCCAACCAUCGCCGUACAGAAUGAUCCGAAAUAUUUCCCGAACCCGGAGCGGUUCGAUCCGGAACGGUUCAACCAGACUAACCGAUCGAAAAUCAACACCGGUGCUUACGCGCCCUUCGGUGUAGGGCCCAGGAAUUGCAUUGGAUCCCGUUUGGCACUGAUGGAGAUUAAACUGAUCGUCUACUAUCUGCUGCUGCGGUUCAGUUUUGAACCGACCGACAAGACGCAAGUGCCUUUACAAAUUGCGAAAAAUUUGUUUACGCUUGAGGCGGAGAAGGGAAUUUGGAUGGAGUUGAAAGCGAGAUAA